AUGUCUUCACCGUCUAAGUCUGCUCUCUCCUACCGCCGGGUGGCGCUUGCAAUCACACUUUCACUGGCAACUAUCAUAUUUCAUACUAUCCUGUGUGUUUUGCUCAGCUAUUCAAUCUUGGACUUGAUCUCCCCGCACUCGAGAAUCAAUGCUGGAAAACAUACUAAUCCCACGAACAAUUCGACUGUCGCGGUUUCCAAUAUGACUGGUCCAAUCACUGCCUCCAACACGACCGUACCUGUGGUCUCCACAAUCUCAAAUUCAAAUUAUUCAACCCCAUCAUCCUUAACCUUGGAAAACUCGCGCACCAAUGCCCCCAGCUCGAGUCCCGAAACUGAGACUGCCCCAUCAGACUCCAACACCUCUCCUUAG